AUGUGGCCAGAGCAGACAGAAUUAUCUGCAUGCCACUCACCUGAAACACCUGAAGAAGUUUUAACUACAGUUAGUCAGUACUUCCCAGAGGAGAUGUCAAACCUUAACAAGAAUUCCCACAAAAUUCCAACCAGAGUUAAAUGCCUAGGCUUGUUCCUGGAUGAGAGUGGACUUUUGAAAUGCACUGGGAGACUACAAAAUGCAGACCACCUUCCAUAUAGCAGUAAAUUUCCUUUGGUUUUAUCUCCAAAUUCUCCUUUGACUGGACUUAUAGUCAUUCAAGCACAUGAAAAGGUUCUUCAUGCAGGCGUUCAAGACACAAUUUGCAAAGUGAGAGAAGAAUACUGGAUACCAAGACUGAGACAGUGUGUCAAUAAGAUGAAAACGAAGUGUCACCUAUGUAACCGUCUGGAAGGACCUGCCUUGUGCAUGCUUCCUCAGCUACCUCUACCAGCUUGCACAGUGAACAGUCUCUGGCCGUUUGAGGUGACCGGCGUAGAUUUGACUGGACAAAUUCUUAUCUGCAAUCCAGACACUAAAGAAAUGGACAAGGUUUACAUAGUCGUGUUCACUUGUACCUCAACACGAGCUUGUCACCUGGAAGUGGUAAAAGACUUAACCAGCACUGCUUUUCUCAAUUCCUUCUGGCAAUUCACUGCGCGAAGAUCUUGCCCUCAACGAAUGAUUUCUGACAACGCCACCUACUUCAAGACUGGCUCUUCCUUGAUUCAGUCUUUGUAUGAUGACACUGACGUACAGUCCGCACUGACUAGGGAAAAUUGUAAAUGGACAUUUAUCACACCUAGAGCACCCCAUCAAGGAGGCUUCUACGAGAGGAUGGUUGGCAGUGUCAAAUCAGCCCUAAAGAAAGCUAUAUUCAAGAAGAGGAUUAAUUCUGACAAACUGAUUACCAUUGUCACUGAGAUAGAGCGUCAUAUUACGAAUAGACGUCUUACAUAUGUGGAUGCUACGUCUCCAGAGACCAUCGAUGCCCUUACCCCUUCUCAUCUGUUGUAUGGCUACUGGUUAAACUCUUUAUCCACUGCCAUAGACCUGGACUAUCUGAAUGAUCCAGAUUUUGAGCUUGACCACAAACAAUGUAAUGAGAGAUUCAAGUUUGUAUCUCAGGUAAUACAUGCAUUCCAAGAAUAG